AUGAAAGUUAUGUCAGAUCAUCGGUUUUCUAUUCUUGUCGGAUGCUUGAAUUGGUUGAUUUUCUUCGUCGGCUCGACGAUCAUCCAUGAGAACACAACGGAAGUCGAUAUUGCGCCAAGAAUCUUAUCCCGACAUAAGAGAUACUUGAUUUUUCCACAGGGUAGUAAUUUUCAGUUAGUAUAUUGUCUGACUAUCGGAGCGUACGGCCGAGACGGUGAUUUGGUGCUGGGACUGACAGCUGCCUUAGCCUGGGAACUUCCGAAUAAGGUCGACUCAAAGAUAUCGAAUUUGCUUCAACGUAGAAGCCGAAGCGUCGUAUAUCCGAAAAUGGAGGCUUUCUUGCAAUCCGCCGGCCUCGACGGUAGAUCCUGCGUGAUGAGGGCACUCUGCGAGGCGGGCCAGCGAGAUUCCUCCCGAGUAGGCACGGGAUCCUUCAUCCAGGAGCUCCUCCACGCAAUCUUUACAUUGCCAAAGGACGGCACCAGAUUUGAGCGAUCGGAGGACCGCGCUUACGACCGCGCUUACGAGACGGGCGGAAACUGCGAACGGCUGUACCCCACGUGUCGACACUCCAUUUACGACGUGGACUUUUGA